GGAAAAUAUUACACUAGUCAUCCGUACGUGCGAGCUACUUUUUCCUCUCUCUCUCCCGACAGAAACACCAAAGCAGAUUCUCUCUUCCUCGCAGCGAAUCUCUCAAGAACCACAUGGCCAACUUCGAUGGACCAGGAUUCUCAAUGGUUGACAAAUCUUGGAUCCAAACGAAAGCCAUUGACGUUGAAACCUCAACCGACAUCUCCCCUUACCUUUCCCGCAUCCUAGAAGACACCGUCUGGAACGGAAACAGAGCCAUCGUCUUCGACGUCUACUGGGACGUCGAGUCCGUUCACACAAAGUCCACGCUGCGUCUUUCCUCCGUGAAGCUAAGCACCAAGAACUUCUGUCUCUUCCUCCGUCUACCAAACCAGUUUAGCGACAGCCUCAAGGAUCUCUACCGCUUCUUUGCUUCCAAGUUCGUCACAUUCGUCGGCGUCCAGAUCCAAGAAGACCUUGUUCUGCUCAAAGAGAAUCACGGGAUUGUGAUCAGAAGCUCUCUGGAGAUUGGGAAGUUAGCUGCUGUGGCUAGAGGAACUCCUAUCGUUGAGUUUCUUGGGGCUAGAGAGUUGGCUCAUAAAAUACUUUCGUGCGAUAUGAGUCGACUUGAUUCGAUUCAGUCUAAGUGGGAUGAAGCUGGGGGUAAUGAUCGGCUCGAAGCUGCAGCUAUUGAAGGUUGGCUUGUUUACAAUGUCUAUGAUCAGUUGCAGCAGUGAAGGGAUGUUCUUAUAUGUGACAACUAACAUUUUAUUUCUUGAUCAAAAUUGAUCUGUGAGAUUGUGCAUUUUGAUCUGUUUGUUGUUGCUAUGAGUGAACAAAAAUCAUGUUUGAAUAAAAAGAGAGCAAGCUUGUGA